GAAAGCCAUCACCAAGUCAGGCCUCCAGCACCUGGCACUGCCUCCUCCCGCCCCGGGGGCCCCAUGCGGAGACUCUGAGCGACAGAUCCGGAGCAUUGUGGACUGGAGUGAGUCAGCAACAUAUGGGGAGCACAUCUGGUUCGAGACCAACGUGUCAGGGGACUUCUGCUAUGUUGGGGAACAGUACUGUGUAGCCAAGAUGCUGCAGAAAUCAGUGUCCAGGAGAAAGUGUGCAGCUUGCAAGAUCGUGGUGCACACCCCUUGCAUUGAACAGCUGGAAAAG